GACUGUUGGGUGUCCACCGGUUCCCGAGGUUCCCCCACCUUCCCUUGCACCGUUCCUUUCUCUCUCAUCUCUCUCCUCUCGGUCUCCCUUUCCUAGCGGGGACGAUUGGACGAGCGGCGGCGCGAUUCGACACGUCUCCCUCGCCGGGCCCUUUGCCGGCGACGAGCACCCACCAGGUACUCAGCCAUGGUUUUUCUUGAGGUAGAGAUGUCAUGGAAUGUGUUGAUAUCCCCUAGCCAGCUGGACCGCAAGGGCCUCCUGCUCCGCAAGGCUAUCAUUGUGCGUCUUCUGGAGGAUGUUACCAACAAGAGGGCUUCCAAGGAGCAUGGCUACUACGUUGCCGUCAAUCAGCUGAAGGCAAUAUCUGAAGGGAAAGUGCGCGAGCUUACUGGAGACGUUCUGUUCCCAGUCACAUUCACCUGCAUCACACAGAAGCCUCUGAAGGGCGAGAUCUUGGUUGGAUAUGUGGAUAGGAUCCUCAAGCACGGCGUGUUUCUCAAAUCUGGACCUGUUGAGAGCAUCUUCAUGGCUGAGAAGUCGAUGAGCGAUUACAAGUACAUCGGAGGGGAGAACCCUAUGUUCAUGAAUGACCACUCAAAGCUGGAGAAGGACACCGCCGUGCGUUUCAAGGUCAUGGGAUUCCGCUGGAUGGAAGCUGACCGCCAGUUUCAGCUCCUUGCUACGAUCGCUGGUGACUUUCUUGGGCCACUGUGAACUGCUUCCACAGGCUAAAUGUGGUUCUGAUGUACAUUGCUUGUUAGACGGUGGAUGGAUGUGUGGAUCUGAUGUGUUAGAGUUAACUUUGUAGUCAAUAGUCUGAUCUGUAGUGCCGAGACAUGGCCAAUUGUCCUGUGACAUUAAUGCUUGAAGCUUGAUGCUGAUGCCAGUGCCAUUGGGCCCCGUGAUUUACAUGCCUGUACUGUGAUGAACCUGUGUUGACCAUGGCUGUUCAAGUUUUUAUGCUUGCUUGCAAGUAUAUUUUACAUGGUGUUCCCUGA